AUUAGUAUCAUAACAAACGUUUAGCGGUGCACACGCGCGCGAUUUCCCGCCAAAACUAAAUCGCGUUCAAUCGAAAAAUAAUGUUAUUUGAUCUCCUCAUUUAAUCGAAUACUGUUUUUAUUAUAAAUACGUUCACAAUAAUAAUAUGAAUUUAAAUAAACUAAUCAAGUUUCUCGUGUAAAUAAUAAUUGAACAAACAACAUUAUUGCUCAAAUACAUAUGUCAACAUGUCAAAAUUUCCGUGUAUUCCGGUGUGAAUUAAUCGAAUAACAUAAUCAUUUUAUUAGACAAUGCACAGUGAUUAAUUAUCAUAAUUUGAACAAUGAACAAACUGGUGAACAGUGUGAAGAAGUGGACCGGUGCCUCCAGGAAGCCAAGUCCGGAGCUUACCAGGAGCGAGUACUCGCUGGUGUCCUGUAACGAGCUGACCUCUGGACAGUUAUGGCUGAGUUUGCCCGAAGAGGUGAAACGCGAUCCAGCUUUGGCGUCGCUGAAGCAGCUGUACGAAAAAGAACAUGGCAAAGAAACAAUCACACUGUCGGGUAAAAACUCAUCGCGCGCCAAGAGGCUGCCGUUCGUAAACUCUGCGCCGCACCUCAACAACAAUCCGCACAUCAUCGCCGAAGAUGUGGUGUUCAAAGGUCCUGACUGCGGCAUCAACAUACCGUGCGCCGGGAAGGAUGAACAGAUAUUCAAAAACACUUCAGAUCACAAGAGGCCAUCGAAGAUCACACAAGCGAGACACUACACAAAGAUGGUGCUUCUGCUGGCCUGUUGGUUAUUCUUCACGGUCGUCUUUCUUUUAUACAACGAGAAAGAAGUGGUAAUAAGAAAUACCGCCGUCACGCCUGGAGAAUUGAAAAGUUACAUAUUACGAAUAUCAGAUGAUAAACUCAAGAUUCUGAUAUCGCUGUCCGGGCCAUUCCUAUCGGAACAGACCGAGACAAGACUGAAUUCUUCAGAGUACGAUGACGUUGACAAGAUGGAGGUGUGGCUUGAGAGAUGGCACCUGAAGAGUGAUGCUGGUGAUCAAAUCGCAGCUUCUGAUGUGAAGUUUAAAGAGGAAAUCGCUCCAUGGAAAAUAAUAUUACAAAACGAAGUAGACUUCAACAAAGGGGAACCCAGGGUGUCGGUGCUGACUCUAACAUCAAACAUUACCAACUCAAACAGUUCCAGCGUGUAUGCCGUGCAGAUGCGGUCCACUGCGAAUCAAACCGUACUCAAAAUGAGUUAUACUACCAACCCUUUGGACAUGACUACCGGUGUUAUUUACGCGUGUGUCUUGCUCUGCGGAUUGUAUGUGUUAAUAAUUUUCGAGAUUAUUAACAGGACGAUGGCUGCAGUCCUAAUAUCCACCACAGCGUUGGCAACACUAGCGUUGGCCGGGGAAAGACCGUCCCUGCCCGAGGUCAUAUCCUGGCUGGACGUGGAGACGCUGCUGCUGCUCUUCAGCAUGAUGGUGCUGGUCGCGAUCAUGGCGGAAACUGGCAUGUUUGAUUUCCUAGCGGUUUAUACUUUUGAGGUCACAAAAGGCAAGCUUUGGCCUCUGAUCACUCUUCUCAGCGUCAUCACAGCUGCACUAUCAACAUUUCUGGAUAACGUCACUACAGUAUUGCUUAUGACGCCUGUGACUAUCAGGUUAUGUGAAGUGAUGGAACUAGAUCCCGUCCCCAUACUAAUGUCCAUGGUGAUAUACAGCAAUAUUGGCGGCACUAUGACACCUGUAGGAGAUCCACCUAACGUGAUUAUUGCCUCCAAUAAAGCUGUCACACAAUCGGGCAUCAACUUCACAAACUUCACACUUCACAUGUCAAUGGGUAUAGUAUUGGUGUGUGCACAGACGUACUUACAGAUUAGAUAUAUAUAUCGUGACACAAACAAACUUCGACUAAAAGUGCCGCGCGAAAUUCAAGAACUUCGCCAGCAGAUCUCAAUAUGGCGUCGGGCGGCCGACUCUCUCCCACAUCUAAGCAAAGAUGAGCAAGUGGUGAAAGAGAGAUUAGAGAGGAAGAUUCGUAAGCUGAACGGUCAGCUGGAGGUACUGGAGAGGGAGAGCAGGAAGAGAGCUUGCCCCAAGAGUACAUUCGAGAAUACUCUAAAAGAAAUGAAGGAAAAGUACAAAAUACGCGACAAGCCACUAUUAGUAAAGUCGUCGGUGGCAAUAUUAUUUGUUGUUGCAGUAUUCUUCUUGCAUUCAAUACCUGAAUUAAAUCGUAUAUCGCUGGGCUGGACGGCACUGCUUGGAGCCAUAUUACUCCUGACGCUGGCAGAUCGUGCCGAUCUAGAACCGAUUCUUCACAGAGUCGAGUGGUCCACUCUGCUGUUCUUUGCAGCACUCUUCGUUCUGAUGGAGGCUCUUUCCAAACUGGGACUCAUCCAAUUUAUUGGCGGUUUAACGGAAGAUCUUAUACUGAAGGUGGAUGAGAAUGCAAGACUAGCAGUCUCUAUACUACUCAUGCUUUGGAUAUCGGGUAUAUCUUCCGCGUUUGUGGAUAAUAUACCUUUGACAACGAUGAUGGUUCGUGUGGUGACGUCACUAGGGUCCAAUCCUAACCUCGGUUUGCCGAUGGCACCGCUGGUCUGGGCGUUGUCCUUCGGGGCGUGUUUAGGAGGUAACGGCACACUAAUUGGAGCGAGCGCGAACGUUGUAUGCGCAGGCGUCGCCGAGCAGUACGGCUAUAGGUUCACAUUCAUGCAAUUCUUAAAGAUUGGCUUCCCCAUCAUGAUCGGCCACCUUCUGGUCGCGUCUGGCUACCUUCUGCUUUGUCAUUGCGUAUUUACAUGGCACUAAGAAUAUUCUGCAUGUAUUUUUUGGCUAUGUCUCAAGAUUAUUUAUUGCAUAUUAUUAUUAUUAUUACAAUAGCCGUUAACUGGCCAAUGCUGAACAUAGUUUUUCUCUAUUGGUUUUGCUAGUAGUUACUUGGCUGGCGGGUUGGCAACCGCAGUUUUUUUUUUGAUGGGUGAAAAUGGUAUGGUAACCCCGCCUGCGCUACCGGGAUACGCUGGCGGAGCACCAGUGAAGGGUGAUAGAUGAGAAUGAAAACAGGCCAGUAAGCCCAUCAUGAUGAAUUCAUCGGGAAUUGACCAUGAUAGUUUCUAGAGAGAACCGCGAGGAGCUCGACCUGGUUGGGUAUAUUGCUAGCAAUGGGAUUAUCAGUCUCCAUUACUAACAAUCCCUUUCUCCCUUGGCAACCGCAGUUAGGCUUUUGCUAAUGUUUGGAUAUUAAAUUAAAACAUUAGGAGAUAGAUUUAGUGGAAUGGUGCUUUAGAAUCGAUCCCAUUGCGUACUACUGUAUACGCUUUAAUUAGUAUUUUUAGUUUUAAAAUUUUUUUCGACAAUCAAUGGCUUAAAGUUAUGUGUAAGUAGAUAUAAAUAUAUAUAUAUAUAAACUAGCUGACCCCGUAAACGUUGUUUUACCACUUAUUGCGAAAUAUAAAAGUCGCGAUUAAAAUACAGGGGUUGAUCGUAAAACGAUGAAAAUUUAAAGUUGUAUGUAUUUUUCAAUGCUAAAUUAUAAUAAAAUAAAAACAAAAAAAAAAAUGUCAAAAAAAUAAAAAAAAUAUUUUGGGGUGGAUCACCCUUAUCACUUACGGGUAUGAAAAAUAGAUGUUGGCCGAUUCUCAGACCUACCCGAUAUGCACACAAAAUUUCAUAAAUAUCGGUUAUGCCGUUUCGGAGGAGUUUGGUAACAAACACCGCGACACGAGAAUUUUAUAUAUAAGAUUACCCAUAACUAUAAUUCCUAAUAGGUUUUUUUAAUAGAUGAAAAUAGAAUGGCAACCCCGCCUGCGAUAUCGGUAUACGAAGCGGGACACCAGUGAGAAAUGAUAGGCGAUGAUGAAGAUGCUGGCCCAGUUGGCACAUCGUGGUGAAUUUCACAAUAAUCAACCACGAUGGUUUCCAGGGGAAACCUCAUGUAGGGGGUCGACCUGAUAGGGUAUAUUGCUAGCAGUAAAGCGAUUACUAAUAAUCCCUUCCUCCCCCCUCCCUAGUAGAUGAAAUUUUAUUGAAAUUCUUAUCCCAAAUUUCGGAAUUCGAUUUUAUGGUAAUGCGUGGUCUGUCGACACACAACUUGAACUAUGAGUUUAUAUUAUAAAUUAUAAAUGAACGAAAUGACAUGUCGGCGCGAGUGAAACCGCGUUGAAGAGUUAGUAAAACUGUGUUAAAAUAUUGUUUAAGUCCCAAAUAAUUUUAAUUAGUUGCUAAUUAUUUUGUAAGCUCCGUUAAUUCCCAUGUUAAUCAUAAUCUUCGAGAUAAGAGCGUAUUGCUUUGUAAAAGGCCGGCAGCGCACCUGCAAUGCCUCUGGUGUUGCGGGUGAUCGUGGGCGGCGGUAGUUACUUACCAUCAGGUGAUACCGCAUGCGUAUUUGCCGUGUUAUAAAAAAAAAUAUAUAUCAUUUUAAAGCAGUUUUACAUUGCAUUUCAUUAAUUUCUUAACAUACUAAUUAAGUAAUUGUUAAGUAUAUAUUUAUAAGUAGAUACUUAUUUACAUGGUCGGGUUUUAGGUAGUGUUGUUAAUUUAUCCUUGGAAUUGUCUGUGAUAUGUAUUUUUUGAUGAAUGAAAUAAUGAAUGAAAAUUUAUUUAAAUAAUCCACAACACUUACAUUAUAUUAAGGUUACAAGUAAUUACAAUCUAAUAUAAUAUAAAUCAAAGUUUAUAUAUAUAUAUAUAUAUAUAUUCGGUCAGUAACAUGGACAUGUUUAACCUGUUCACUGUUAAACAUAAGCAGUAUUGUGAGCAUUAUUUUGACAAUCUUCUUCGAAAUAAAUCAAAAUUGCCGUACUGACCAGAUACAUGCGGGCAGCGGCCGGCAAAAGUUGUAUGAAAAUCCAUAUCUGUCGUGUUUUGCGGCCACAUAAAUUACUAUGUAAACUCAUAUCUGUUCUGUAAUUUAAAAAUGGAAUGACUUUUUACUUCGAAACAUGGCUACCAAGGAGGUAACUAAUAAAAGGUUUUAUUUAAAUUUCGAACUGGCUUGCAAAUAGAAAGCUGUUUAUUGAUAAAAAAAACAAAGGUACAUUAUGGCGCGUGAAAAAUUAUUAUUGUUCGUUAUUCGUCAUUGAACUUAAAAAGUAAAAUUGUGUUUUUGAUUUCCGCGCAUUGUUUGAGAAAAGUACUAUACAAGCCUUGGCCACAACUAGGCAUUGAUGGACUCACGUAUGUGUACCUCGGCCCACCAUACAACCCGUCAUAAACUAAAAAUCCAUUCCAACCAUUUGGAUGAGUGGCGGUCUUCCAGCGUCCGUUUUUCAAGUCACUUUCUUCCACGCCGAUCCGAUACGACCUUAAAAAAUGAGCCUGAGAAAAAUAUUCCUUUUUAAAGCCGGCAGCACGCCUGCAAUACCAUUGAUGUCGUGGAUGAUCAUGGACGGCUGUAGUCACUUAUCAUCGGGUGAGCCGCAUGCUUGUUUGCUCCCUGUGUUAUAAAAAAAAACCAUGUUAUGCAGCGUUUUAUGGCAAUCGCAGAGUUGGAGUUUUAAGCGUUAUGAGCACACGUAACAGUGCUUUAGAGAUGAGGCAUAUAUAUCGCAACAUGACUAUUUACUUCAACAGGUUUAUAUAUUAUAUUAUAAUGAAUUAUGAUUCGUGUCAAGUGACUUUUUUAAUUCUUCAGAGCGCCAUCUAUGCACAAUUAGCAGUUUGUAGUAAUUCAGUAUUGUUAGGCGAACAAUUAAUUGGUUAAGUUUCUGACUUAAUUAUAAGAAAAUAUGUAAUAUAUUUAAUUUAAUAAUAAAAUUUUAAAAUAAUAAUAUUUAAAAUUGUUUAAAUAUUUAUAAUUAACAAAUUAUAAAGUAAUAAAAUUAUAGAGUAAUGUAUGGUUAUUUUAUUGUUGUAUUAAAAAACGUACUUAUGUUGUUUGUAAUAAGUGUUAUUUUUGUACAUUUCUCGUAAUACUUAAUUUUAAAUACAACAUUAAAUUUUAAUAUGGAAACAA